CACUGAGCUUUGGACGUAAAAUAUAAACACGGAUUAUAUCUACAGUGGUGUUUCUCAAGGCUGGACUGGCCUCAUGAACCUCGCAAGUCAAUCGGGCGAUCAACAGUCCAAUCUGUUGUUCGUUAAUUUCAACCAGGACUGUUCAUCGCUUGCAGUUGGCACCAAAACAGGAUACAAACUAUUCUCUUUGAAUUCAGUUGAGAAGUUAGAAUCUAUCUAUGAACAUGAUAGUGAAGAUAUAGCCAUUGUAGAAAGGUUAUUCUCCAGCAGUCUAGUGGCCAUUGUCAGUCUUUCAUCACCUCGAAAAUUAGAAGUUUGUCAUUUUAAAAAGGGAACAGAAAUAUGCAACUACAGUUAUUCCAAUUCUAUAUUAGCUGUCAAGCUCAAUCGACAGCGAUUGAUUGUAUGUUUAGAAGAGAGUUUAUAUAUACACAAUAUUCGAGAUAUGAAAGUGUUACAUACGAUACGUGAUACACCACCUAAUCCUACAGGACUUUGUGCUCUGGCUAUAAGCAAUGAUAAUUGUUUCUUGGCCUACCCUGGUAGUAAUCAGAUUGGUGAAGUCCAGAUAUUCGAUACUAUUAAUUUAAGAGCAGUUACUAUGAUACCAGCCCACGAUGGUCCUUUAGCUGCUUUAAGUUUUAGUCACCAAGGUAACAAAUUAGUCACAGCUUCAGAAAAGGGAACAGUAAUCAGAGUUUUCUCUAUACCAGACGGUCAGAAAUUAUUUGAAUUUAGAAGAGGAGUUAAAAGGUGUGUUAGUAUUAAUUCGUUAGGGUUUAGUAACGAUGCAUUGUUCCUGUGUGCCUCUAGUAAUACAGAAACUGUUCAUAUCUUUAAAUUAGAUAUCAAUAUGAAAGACAAACAAACAAAACCACAAGAUGAAAAUCAGAGUUGGAUGGGAUAUUUUAAUCAAGCUUUAAAAACCUCAGCUAAUUAUCUGCCCACUCCCGUUACAGAGAUGUUUAACCAAGGGAGAUCAUUUGCCACGGCUAGGCUACCUAACUCGGGCUUACGCAAUGUCUGUGCUUUAGCCUUAAUACAGAAGAUACCCCGAUUACUAGUGGCGUCUCAAGAUGGUUAUUUAUAUAUUUAUAAUAUUGAUCCUAAUGAAGGUGGUGAAUGUACCUUAAUCAGACAACAUAGGUUAGAUGGGCAGCCGGGUGAAUCCUUCUCUCAAGAUCCAGCCUCUCACGAUCGUCCUCUAGCUCAUCCAGGUGCCACUUAUACUCGUCGAGAUAACACUCCAGCAGGUGGCACUCCGCCAGAAUCUCAGCCGUAUGAAGAACUAGAGCAGGGAGCUGUGGGCGGGGACGAGGCCAGCAACAUGGGAAAAUUACGUUUGGAUGAUGAAAAUGAAUUUCCACCUAUGACUCAUAAAAGUGAUUGAAAAUCAGAUAAUUUUAGAUCAGGGUCUGAGGGCCACAAACCGUUUUUUUUCCAUACAUGUACU